AUGAAAGUUGACGUCAUUGCCAAAGAAACCAUCAAACCGUCCUCUCCAACCCCAGAUAAUCUUAGAAGUUGCAAGCUUACCCUUUUUGAUCAGUUCACUCCUGCAGUUUAUGGCCUCCUGAUUUUCUUCUGCUCAAAUGGUGACACAAAUACCGAUCACCAUGUCUACAAUGCUGAGCGAUCCCACCACCUAAAGAAGUCGCUAUCCGGUACCCUAAAUCGCUUUUUCCCAUUAGCUGGAAGACUGAAAGACAAUUUCAUGAUUGGCUGCAACGACAACGGAGUUGGUUAUUUUGAAGCACGAGCCAACUGUCGUCUGUCGGAAUUUCUUGAACAUCCGGACUUAGAAGUACUCAAUCGGCUCUUACCAUUUGAGAUAGAUUCGACUGAAUCAAGCUCAGGUCCCCUACUACUUGUUCAAUUAAACUUUUUUAGAUGCGGUGGUGUUGCCGUUGGGGUCGGCCUUUCCCACAAGAUAAGCGACGGAGCAACGUACGGCACGUUCAUGAAGGGCUGGUGCGAUGCAGCUCUAGGCGUAGGCAAUACGGAGAAGUGUGUUUUACAGAGAUUAGUUAUCGAUUUGCCAAAAAUUGAUGCUCUGAAGGCCAUAGCCGCCAGUCCAAUCGUGCAAAAUCCAACACGAACCGAAGUUGUGGCUGGGCUCAUUCGGAAAUGUGCUUUGAAAGCCGCAAGGUCAAACUCAGGCAUUUUGAGGCUGUCUCUUCUUUCCCAAACUCUGAAUUUACGUAGAAAAAUUGUACCACCGUUGCCGGAAAACACUAUUGGGAACCUCGGAGCCCACGUUUUAGCUCACAAAGACGAGAGUGAGAUAGAAUUACAAGGACUGGUUCGUGAGAUAAGAAGAGGAAAACAGGAUUUCAGAAAAAAGUGCGUAAAGAAACUUCAAGAAGACCCAUUGAAAGUGGUUUCUGAGGCAUUCAAAGAGGCAAUGAGUAUGUUUAAAAGCCGUGACAUAGAAUUCUACAAGUUAUCAAGUCUGUGUACUUUCCUAUAUUAUGAAAUUGAUUUCGGAUGGGGAAAACUGGCGUGGAUGGCUUAUCCGGGCGCGACUCUGAAGAAUCUUAUCAAGUUGACGGACUCUAGAAAAGGAGAUGGAUCAAUUGAGGCUUUGGUGAGUCUUUGUGAAAAGGAUGUUGCUUUAUUUGAACGUGACAAGGAGCUUCUCGCUUAUGCUUGUUUGAAUCCAAGUCCCUUGAAGAUCAAUCCAGUGACACCCCCAUUAACAUCUUCCCUGUAAAUUUCAAUUCUAGCAAGUCAUGAGUUAGAUUAUAAUCAUUUUCAAUAGGUAUGAAGGAAUGUUUUCGCCAUUUUCAUCAAACACAUAUAGAAGCUAAAGAUGAUGGAAACCCACAUUUGUUAUCUUCAUUCGUAUGGCCAAUGUUAGUAGUACUCUUCUUGCUGCUGUUAUUUACACAGCAAGUUCUGUUUCAACUAUUUCCUUUAUUCGCCAGUAUUUCCACUAACGGCAGCAGAUGCCGACGCUACUAAGGACUCAGAGGAAAAUUUGACGGAAAAAGCCAAGGUCUAAGGCUGUAGGUCAAGCAGGCACUGGAUAGUCAUAUACCAGUAACCCUUGCUUCAGCGAGAAAGUUGCACAGAGGUGGUGGAUGCAAACACUGAAUAUCCAAGGUAGGUCAAC